AUGGCUGUGAAUUUUCUAGGAUGUAAGCAGUUAAUUGUGAAUAUAAUAAUCAUCAUCUGUCUCUUCCAGGACUCUCAUUUCCCUCCUAUAGGCCGCAUGAUCAUGCCCCGCCCCUCAAUGUGCCACACCUCCUCUCUGCAGACACCAAUUGACAAGGAGCAAGCUCUUCAAGUAUCAGAGUCAGACCUGCUGUCAUUGGCUCGCUCCCUGCUCCAAGCCUGGGUAGACCCCCUGGUAGUCCUGUCCACCUCCGCUAACACCCUGCCUCACCCUGCCCAAAGCAACAUAUCUAACAAAAUCCAGGAGCUGCAGCAGCACUUCAAGAACCUGGGAGACGGCCUGGAUAUCCUAUCUGGCAAGAUGGGCCCAGCGGCUCAGACCAUCUCCUUACUGCCCUACAGAGGAGGCAAUGACAUCGGCCAGGACAAGAUUUCCAAAUUGACCAACUUCCAUUUCCUGUUGUCCUGCUUCCGCCGGGACUCGCACAAGAUUGACAGCUUCCUGAAAGUCCUCCGCUGUCGGGCGGCUAAAAUGCUACCUGAGAUGUGCUGAAGAGUGAGGCAGCCAGCUUGACUCUGAGGGGAGAUC